UGGAAAACUGAAACCAGUAUUAAUAAUCAAAAUUAAAAGCCUUGGAAGUGAGAGAGAGAAUGAAAGCUUCACCUUAUAAACUAUCUAUGCUAAGACUUAUAUGCAAGCACGAGCCAAGAUGAUCACACUGCAUAAGCAAUCGAAGGAGUAAAGACAUUGAUCGAGGGUAACCAUUGAAACUCAUGGAGUACUGCGAGUACGAGGGUGCGCGAGCCGCCGGGCUUCCAAGGUUCCAUAGGUGGCUCAAAUGGAUGAAGAAGAAGAUGAUGAAGAAAAGAGUAGCAGAACCAUCUCAAACUCAUCUGAGUGUAGUUUUAGAUGAUGGUGGUGAUCAGGACAACAGAGAUAUGGUUUCUUCAAGUGAUGAUAGUUUUGCCAGGUCAAUGGAUAUAAGUUCAUGUAUUCGUACCAAUGAGUUCAGAGUAUUUGUGGGAACAUGGAAUGUUGCUGGAAGGUCUCCAGGGGAGAGCUUGGUUGUAGACCUGGACGAUUGGUUGAACCUAAAGGAGGCCCCAGACAUUUAUGUUAUUGGGUUUCAAGAGAUAGUGCCCUUGAAAGCGCGUACUGUACUAGGAGCAGAAGAUGCAACUGUAGCAACAAAAUGGAACUCUCUCAUAGGGAGAACCUUGAAUAGAAAAUACAAGGUGAUGGGCAGCAAGAAGAUGGUGGGUAUCUUUGUAAGUGUUUGGGUGAAGGAGGAGUUGAGGAGGAAGUAUCAGAUCUCCGACGUUAUAGUGUGCACAGUGGCUUGUGGGAUAAUGGGUUGGUUGGGGAAUAAGGGAUCAGUGGCUGUGAGCUUCUCCAUGGAGGGGACUAGUUUUUGCUUUGUUGCAGCACACUUGGCCUCUGGAGAGAAAAGAGGGGAUGAGAUGCGAAGGAAUCAUCAAGUUUUGGAGAUCUUUAGGCGGACUUCUUUCCCUCUCCCAAGGGUAUCUCACGAUGAUGCCCAUUAUAAUCCUCGUCCCCUCAGCAUCUUAGGACACGAUAGGAUAUUCUGGUUUGGGGAUCUGAACUAUAGAUUGAACAUGGAAGGUAGUGUGGCCAAGCAACUCAUAAGGAAAGGAGAGUGGAGAGCUCUACAAGAGUUCGACCAGCUUCGGAUGGAACAGGCUUAUGGUGGCGUCUUCCAAGGCUGGAGAGAAGGCCACAUUGACUUCGCCCCCACCUACAAGCUGCUUACUAAGUAUUCCUCCUCCAUCUCUGCCGAUGGCUUCCCUCCCCGGUCCACCACCAAAUCAUGCCGUUCACAGCCAUAUCCACCGCUGCCACCAGAGAAGCAACGCACUCCUGCAUGGUGCGAUAGGAUACUUUGGCACGGCAAAGAUGUGAAGCAGCUCUCUUAUCUCCGGACUGAGAGUAAAUUCUCCGAUCACAGCCCCGUUUCUGCCCUCUUCUCCACUCACAUUGAAUUUCUCAACACACUUGAAGCAGACACCAAACCCCCCCCCCCCACACGCACACUAUCGUUGAUGGGGUGAGUGAAUCAUCGGCAACCUGAAACGAAAGCUGUAAAGGCAACGGCAUUCGCAUCAUCGCCGGCCAUUUACUUACACUAACCCAGAUCAAAGAAGAAGGUAAGGAAUGCUGCUUUAUGGAUUUGAUGAUUGUGAAGCUCACUGAUACAACUAUAUGAUAUAAGAAGGAUUUAGUUUCUUACUACUUGCCUUCCUGAGACUAUCCAAACUCCCUUAUUCAACCUUGUUGUAUAACUUAAUUUGGGGUCAUUAGCCCACAAAUGAUAAUACUUGGUCAACAGUUAUGUUGGGCCCCCUUUCUUGUUGCGCCCAAUAACGUACCCGUACAGAGGGGUCAUUCUUCCUUCCAUCAUUUGUGGGGUGAUAAAAUAGAGGUGAAAGAUUCUUACAAUGCCAGUAUGUGGACCACUUUUGCAAA